AUGGCCUCAGUCACCGUUUCGUAUGCAGUGUCAGACGGCCUCCACGACGACAGCACGUUGGCCACGAUUCCUGUUCUACAGGUUGAGCAAGUCAGCAGCGACGACUCACCAUAUGUCGAGAGAGACUCCUCCGACCCUCCAGAAGCCGACCCAUCAGCCGAUGUCGCCGAGAGCGGCUUGAUCGAUGAUAUCGAGGAUCUCUUCCUAGUUCGCUAUACUCAGGAAGGCUUGGUUUUCGAUGAUGUCGACGAGCCCAGGGGGGAUGGGAUUGUCGAGGAUGAGAUGGUAGGAGACCGCCAGUCGGUGGAGUCAUUCAGGGUCCUCGUAGACCCAUCUGAAGCACAUACAACGAUACAAGUAUCGUCGUAUGGCCGCCUUAAUUCUCAGGGACAGCCCUUCUCCCAUACAAUGCGCAGCAUGCUCGAGAGUCUUAUUGCAUGGGGCCCAGGCUGCGACGGUGGACCAAAUACCGGAGCUUUCCUGGCUCUCUUGAGUGAGGUGGAAUCAGAUACUGACAGGGUGCUAAACACAUAUCUCCAAGCGAUACCCCGGCCAGUACAGGCCCUCUUCGAAGGGAAGCAUUGGUCUGUUGACGAUCUUGUAUGUCUUCCUGAUGCCAGAGCAGUUAGCAGUAGGGGCGUGUACAUGCAUCUGUUUCGGCGCGAAUAUCAAGGGGAGUUGAGAGUGAUGGGGUACGUUGGCUACUCUCAAUGCAUUGCAGAUCGCAUCGAAGCCCAUGAAGAGAUCGUUGCCGAAGCGAAGUCAAAGGGACGGCUGCCGGAGGUCCAUCGCCCGUCGCGACACUACCAGCAUGCGCUUCAUGCCGUUGACGCGCCAUGCUACAAGACGUUGGCAACUUUCGACGACAGCCUGGAGACCAAAUAUCUUAUAUUGAUGGAAAGCCUGUUCAUGAUACUAUUCCGGACAGUGAGGUUCCCAGGAUAUGCCACCCGGUGGAAUCCGAGGACUCUGUACGACUCACUCUAUGGCCUUUCGAAAUCAUUAGGGAUCGCCUCGCCGUUAUUCGGAUUGAAUAUGGCGCUGUCUGUGUACCAGGGAAUGCCACAUCCCUGGUCGCAUCUCGAUCUACCAUGCGUUUCAUGCCAGGAGAUGACCUAUCCGAGUCACCAUCUACCAAGGGGCGAAAAAACGACCCGACGCCCGUUUGACUCCAAGGACCCUAGACGAGGCUAUCUCUGCAACAGUUGUAGAAGCUUCAGGAAUUCAAAACGAAGGCUGCCCACGCCAGAGGAAAUCGAACAGAUGCGGCUUCGAGCGGCCCACCUUGCGACUGGGGCAAUUCACGAUUCCUGCCAGGUCUGCGGCGAUUUGUUCUCAGAGAUUGUCAUGGAGAGCGAGGGCUACAUCCACAGGCGCUACAUGAAUGGCAAGUGGUGCUGCCAUCCCUGCUCCAGGUUCAGCCAAGACAAAGGACGAUUCCCAACCAGUGAGGAGCUCGAUGGGCGUCGACGACGACGAGAAGCGCCAGACGUCACGUCGUGUGAAGUGUGCAAUUGUGACCUGCGGGGUGCGCGAUACAAACGAUCCAAAGACGGCAAGUGGUGCUGUGAUGCCUGUGGCACGUUCUUCCGCACCCAUGGACGAUUUAAAACUGCAGAGGAAUUGGAAAACCAGAGAGUCCAGCAAGCCAUGAGGGCCGUAUCCGCGUGCCAGAGCUGCCACAUUCCCUUUGUCGAACUGAGGGGGCCGCGGUACAAUAUCGAGGGCAGGCGGUGCUGCAUCGUAUGCUACGACUUUCACAGAAAGUGGAAGAGAUUUCGAAACCAGAAGGAGAUUGUCCAGCGCCAGCGGCUCCACGCAAAGAAGAGGGAUAGGUGCCCGUCUGCCUAG